UUAUAUUUUAUGAGUCUAAAAGGGAUGAACCUUAACUCUUGAGUGAUUAUGCAAAUUAUUAAGUAUGUGUAUAUAAUAUAUGUUAGUUAUAUGACUAAUUACUUAACUGGUUAAUUUGAUUUGACUGGUUAGGAGUGUCUGAAACCAAACCAAACCACCUAAACCAAACAAGCUAAAUACUUUAACCAAACCAAACCAAUUAUCCAAAUUAACCAAACCAAAUUAUCCAAAUAGUACCGGUUAAAACGAUUACCACGGUAACCAAUCCGUUUGAACACCCCUAUCGUCAACAACGCAACAAUUAGGAAAAAAUAAUAUACUAGAAGCCUCAGUCAUCCACCGAAAAAAUUUGAAGUGAUAAGCAAAUUGACACCACUGGCAAAAAAAAAAAAUCAACAUAACAUAAUCUGCAUGAAGUACAUCCAAAGUACGUAGUAUGAACAGUGAAGUACAAAAAUUUAUGUAAGAUGACAUCACAAUUUACAUGUUGUAGCUUAUCUGCAAUAUAUUAAGCAAUAUUUAUAAAUUUAGAACAAGCGUCAUAAAAGUAACUAGGCCCAUAAAGAUUGAACAAGGAGAGGGGCAUCCGAAAUCAUGACUCGGUUGAACAAGGCCUUGCUGGAAGUAGGGGUCGUGUUGAACAACGACACUCAUGACUCGGUUGAACAAGGAGAGGGGCAUCCGAAAUCUCCUUCUAAAGAACCUUUGGAUUGGGAACGAAAUACUGUUGCAUCAAGCGUUGGUGUGCUUCUACCCUGUUACGCCUCACAACUUUACGCGAAUGUGAACGAUGUCGAGAUGAGGAUGCUUGCUCUUGGAACAUGAAGGCUCCUGCCAUCGCCAUCAUUUGUUGACGAUCACGGUCAAGCUGACACUCAUACUCCCAUUGCCUAGCAUCAUCAUCCGAUUGUUGCCUCUCAUUAGCUUCUCUAUUAGGGGAACUCAUGAUGAAAAAAAUAUGUGUGUGUUGAGAGAAAUAUGAAGUUGAGAGAAUGAAGAAGGUUGAAUGGUGGGAUGAAUGGAUUGACAAAGUUUAGCCUUCAUUAAUAGAAACAUGAAAAGAUUCUCCAGCAAUAAUAUGACAACUGGAUGAACAGUUGAUGGCACCACUCAAUAUGAUUAAAGCUGAAUGAACAGUUGAUGACACCACUCAAUAUGAUUAAAGCUGGAUGAACAGUUGAUGACACCACUCAAUAUGAUUAAAGUUGGUCAAAAUAUUGAUGGAACCACUCAUUUGUGAAACUUGUGAUGAGUUAUAGUAUUCUGCAAAUUAUUGAGAUUCGUCAUUGAUGACGUCAUAUUUAAUUAGUGAUAAAAAAGUAUGUCCAAAUUAAAAAAAAAUUAUAUCGAAAUGUUCGUCUUAAUUAAUUAAUACUACAUGUAUAAAAAUAAUAAGUAAAUUAUCAAAAUAAAAUUAUCAUAUCAACUCUAGAUUGAUUUUGAAGAAAACCCCCUCCUCAUUACCCUUUUUUCCCUCCCACCCAUUGUGACCAAUUCCUCUCCUCCACCCUUUUUCCCUUUUUUUCCCGCCCUUUUCACCCUUUUUUCCCUUCUAUCAUUGUGGAUGGUCUUACUCAUAGGACUGCAAAUGAGCCGAGUCGAGUCGAGUUUUCCUCAGCUUGAGCUCUGCUCGUUAACAAAUGAGUCGAGUUCGAGCUCGGCUCGUUUAUUAACGAGCCGAGUCGAGUUGCGAGCUAGCUUGCUUAAUAAAAUCUUGACUAGUAUGUGAUAUAUUCGUUUUGUAUGUAAUACAUGAUACGUGUGAUUAAUGCCAAGAUGAAGAAAAUAAUAAUAAUAGUUAAGCAUUCAACAUUAACUAAUUUUAUGUUAUACUUUGUGGUAUCAAAUUAUUUAGUUAAUAAAUUUUAAUUUGUGAAAAUUACAUUAUUUCACAGUAUCAAAGCAAUCUAUGAUACAUAAUUGCUUUUUAAAAUUAAAUAAAACAUAUUUGCUCACAUAAUCUACGUGCUAAACUUCAUAUAGAGAGAUAUAUAAUUUAACAAUCCUAUGAAUUAUCAAAAUCAAACUCAUAUAGAUCGAUUCGCUCAUAACUCGGUAAUCGAGUUGGCUCUCUAGCCACAAUCUUGAGAGUUGAGACAUCUCAUGAGCUUUUAACGAGCCAGCUCAUGAGUUGAGUUCAACAAACCACCGAGUCGAGCUAGCUCGCGAGCUGCAGAAGGCUAAGCUCAAGCUCGGCUCAUUAGUAAACGAGUCGAGUUUCGAACGAACUUUUCCCGAGUCGAACGUCGAACCGCUCGCGAACAACUCGGCUCAUUUGCAGCCCUAGUUACUCACCCUAUCCUAAGCCGCUCCGGUAAGCUCAAUUACUUCACCGUUUCUUCGCCUCUUGUGUAAGUUACACUUUUUCCUCUCGCCAUUUUCCAUUUUGCUCUAUCCAGCUUUUUAUCACCAUUUUUGGGCAUUUUCUUUUCUUAAUUUGUUUGACUUGCAGUACUAGGGUUGCUUGGUUGAUGUUUCUGGGAAAUCUGGUUGAAAUCAGGUGAGCGGGUCUAUGAAUUGAUUUUUCGAUAAUUUGGCUUUCGUUCUACUGAAUGCGUUUGGUUGUGUGCAGUUUUCCGAGACCAUUUUAUGACCGUAGUCCAUCUGCAGUUUGCGGGAACAAUUUGAUGCAGACACAUAUCUAGCCGCAACCCAAGUCUUCAGGUGCAUCUUUUCAUUUGAUUCGAAAAUGAACUCUCGUUCACUGUAUUUCUACUCAUGAGCAGGCUUACUUGCUCAAGCAUGAUUCUACUCAUGAGCCAUACACAAGGAUUCUACUCAUAUGCAUGAUUCUACUCAUUCACUGUAUUUCUUUUUUUCUUAUUCCACAAAAAUUUUUUGAUUCUUCCCUCUCCACUAAAGCUGUGAUCUUUUUCUAUCUAGUAAUGGCUUUGCUCUUGUCUAGUUUAUGAAUCUGGAGUGUUUUUUACCCAUUUGAAUCUGUUAUAAACCCUCGUGUCUAGUAAAGUUGUGAACUUUUCCUAUCUAGUAAUGGUUUUGCCCUUGUCCAGUUUAUGAAUCGAGUCUGAUUUUUGCCCUUCUUCGCUCAUUUGGUGUGCAGAGCAGCAAAGGGAUAUUGCCGUUUGCAGUGGGUUUGAAAUUUACAGCAAGUAUUCAUCAAAAAGAAAUUUCCAGCAAGUUCGCCGAAAGAGAAGGAAGCCAGGGCAUUUUCGAAUGUUAGUAUGGCAAACUUGUAAAAGCUUCUGACUGUGUGUAUAGAAGAAUAGCAGAUUGCUUAUGACUGCUGAAUGUUGCAGGAACCAGGUUAUUGUCAAAGAAGUCCACCUCAGUCACAGUGAAGGAACGAGCACCAGGUUAUUGUCAUAUAUGGUUUGUUUUCAAGACCUUACAUGGGAUUGAAAUGUGAAAUCUCAUUAACUGUUCUUACAGUAUUGAUUUUUUAUAUUUACUACUUUCCUAGGUUUGAAAAAUGAUGGUAAUUGGCCUGGUGGAAAGAACUCCAACGUAUUCCGCAAAGGGCUUGGCGGUAAGUUUAGAGUAGGCUGUAAUAUGUUUGGAUGAGCGAACCUCACCCUUGUAACUGCUUUUUGGUUGCUAAUACCAAGUGACGUUGUUGGUGGCAGGGAUUAAAAAACACUGAAGUUGAGGCAUUCUUUCUUUCCUUCUUCUUUCCCCAUCUCACUUAAACUUCUUGUUUAUUUGUCUUUUUCUCCAGAUGGCAAGAUUCAUUAAUUGGAUUUGGGGCCCCUGUCUGAUCUAAUAUAAGAACUGAUGAGUAUAGAUGUCAAUCGGUCGGGUUCGGGUCGGGUUCAAUCGGGUUGCGAUUAGUCGGGUUUCGGGUUCGCCGGGUUGUGGGUUCAUCGGUUUGGGUUCAAUCGGGUUGUGGUUAGUCGGGUUUCGUGUUCGUCGGGUUGCAGGUUCGUCGGGUUGUAGGUUCAAUUGGGUUGCGGGUUAGUUGGGUUGCAAGUUUAUCGAGUUCGGGUUCAAUCGGGUUGCGGGGCGGGCGGAUCGGGUUGCGGGUUGUUCGGGACAACGCAUCGAGUUACUUACUCCUUACUUGCUACCAACUUACUCAUUUUAUUACACAAAUUUAAAAUAUUUUUCAUAAUUUUGAUUAAGUUAUUUCUACCUCAUAUACAUACUUAAUUAAAAAAAGCUAGUCAAAAUGUUGAAUCAAUUUGUAUGAUUUGCAAACUUGUCAUGUAAUUAAUCAUAAUUAGUAAAGUGCACGAGCUAAUAGUAAUGACGAUAUCAACAUUUGCAACCAAUAGACACUAUUAGCAAACCAAAAAAGCACCACUCUAAAAACAAAGAAGAAAAACACUAUAAGAAAAAGUGUUGAUUGGG